GCUGAGCUGGCCAGCUGGCGGUGCCCCUGGCAGUCUCUGGGACGGACGGGGCUGGGAGUGGCAGGAGACCAGGCUUUGGCAGGAUCAGCCCUGAAGCCCCAGAUCUAAGAUGUCCAGUCCUCUGGAGUAGGCGCUGGCUGUGAUGGUCACCACCUUCCACAAGUACUCUGGCCAAGAGGGUGACAAGUUCAAACUGAGUAAGGGGGAGAUGAAGAAACUUCUGCACACGGAGCUGCCCAGUUUUGUGGGGAUCCUGACUGCCGGCAUGACGUGCCCCCUGGAGAAGGCCCUCGAUGUGAUGGUGUCCACCUUCCACAAGUACUCAGGCAAGGAGGGUGACAAGUUCAAGCUCAACAAGUCUGAGCUAAAGGAGCUGUUGACCCGGGAGCUGCCCAGCUUCUUGGGGAAAAGGACAGAUGAAGCUGCAUUCCAGAAGCUGAUGAGCAACCUAGACAGCAACAAGGACAACGAGGUGGACUUCCAGGAGUACUGUGUCUUCCUGUCCUGCAUCGCCAUGAUGUGCAACGAGUUCUUCGAAGGCUUCCCCGAUAAGCAACCCCGGAAGAAAUGAAGUCUCGUCAGAUGUGCGGGGCAGGGCCUGCCAGCUGGGGUCUUCCCUGUUGGCGGUGGGCACAGCGCCUCACACUGGCUCCUCCAGAUGUGAGCACGAUACUAAACAAGUUCAAUAAAGAUUCUUGAAAGCUA